UUAACACAAAAAGAUAUUUGAUUAUUUCUCUCCUGGCUCUUCUUGUAUCAACUCCCUAUGUAGCUGCAAGCACUCUUUGCAUUAAGGAAGAGAGAGAAGCCCUCCUUAAAAUUAAAAAAGAUCUCAAGGAUCCCCACAAUUGCCUCUCUUCGUGGGUUGGGAAUGAUUGCUGUAAUUGGAAUGGUAUAGAAUGUCACAACCAAACUGGUUACAUUCUAAAGCUUGAUCUCGGACUAGACUUAUGUCCCUUCACCACAAAUAUAUUGCCACCAUCUUCCAUAGGUGGUGAGAUAAAUCCUUCAAUAACAGGCUUGAAACAUCUGAGAUACCUGGAUCUAAGUUUCAAUAACUUCGAAGGAAUCCCCAUUCCGAAAUUUAUUGGUUCUCUCAAUAAGCUGCGUUACCUUUACUUACUCGAUGCAAAUUUUUCUGGAAUGGUCCCUACUCAUCUUGGCAAUUUGUCAAAUUUGCAGCAUCUUGCUAUCUCUUCUUCAUUUGAUACACUCUGGGUCAGAGAUGUAAGUUGGCUCUCUGCUCUGUCUUCACUUCAGUAUCUAUACAUGGAGUCUGUUAACAUCACUAGCACAUCCCAUGAGUUGUUUCGAGCUGUGAAUAUGAUGUCUUCUUUGUUAGAGUUACGUCUAAUCUCUUGCAAUCUUCGUACUCUCCCGCCAUCUCUUCAAUUGGAAAAUAUUACAUCACUUUCAGUGCUUCAUUUAUCUGGUAAUCCUUUUAAUUCCUCAAUACCUUCAUCGUUGUUCAAUAUGAGUAGUCUCACAGAACUUGUUCUUUCUUCUUCAUCUCUUAGAGGUCCGCUUCCUAUGCUUCAGGGAGGGAAUCUCUGCAAGCUUCGGAUUAUGGACCUAUCCUUUAAUUAUCUCACUGGUCAUAUUACUCAAAUGUUGGAUACCUUGUCAUCCUGUUCAAAUCACGUAAUUGGGAAACUGUCUCAUUCUAUAGGGAAAUUCAACAGUCUAUUUGAACUUGUUCUGUCAUUCAACUCAUUCUCCGGUCCUAUGCCAGUAUCAAUAGGAAACUUAUCAAAUCUAGCGCUUCUGGACAUGCAAGGAAACACGAUGAAUGAGGAAAUUCCAGAAAGUAUUGGUCAACUAACCCAAUUGAGUUAUCUUAAUCUAUACCAGAACAACUGGGAAGGCACAAUGACAAACAAUCAUUUCCAUAAUCUCACAAACCUAGCUAGUUUCUAUAUAUCAUCCAAACCAAACUCAUUUGUCUUUAAAGUGACUCAAGAAUGGAUUCCUCCUUUUAAGUAUUUGAAUCAUGUGGAAAUUCGUGAUUGUCAAGUUGGCCCUACAUUUCCUAGCUGGCUCAGAAACCUGACGUUCUUGAAAGGUGUAUUCCUAGAAAAUGUUGGAAUUUCUGGAGAGAUACCCCAUUGGUUUUACAACCUGUCCUCUCAAAUUUGGGCGCUAGAUCUUUCUCAAAACAAAUUAAAUGGCUACCUUCCCAAAAUAUUUAACUUCUCAAAUUCACCUCGUAUUAACCUUGCUUUCAAUCAGUUGAAAGGCUCAGUCCCUCUUUGGUAUGGUGUGGAUGCUCUCGAUCUAAGCAACAACUUGUUAUCCGGAACAUUGCCAACCAAUAUUAGCAAAGAAAUGUCGCAUUUGACAUUCUUGGAUAUCUCAAAUAACCACCUUUAUGGGAGCAUUCCACUAGCAAUAAAUAAGAUUCAAUAUUUGUCAUAUAUUGCGUUAUCUAAUAAUUAUUUGAAUGGUUCCAUCCCCAUGUUUUGGAUGGGUAUGGGAGAAUUACGAAUCAUUGAUCUAUCCAACAACAGUUUAUCUGGUGAAAUUCCAGCUUCAAUAUGUUCUCCGUCGUCUCUUGUUAUCCUAAAGUUGAGCAACAAUAAUCUCUCAGCAAAUUUGUCUUCAACAUUUCAAAAUUGCACUUCACUUCAAACUCUUUUGUUGGGAAACAAUAGGUUUUAUGGGUCUAUGCCAAAAGAGAUCUCCAAAAACCUUCCUUUUCUUGAAGAUUUACUGUUAAGAGGUAACACACUGACAGGAAGCAUUCCUGAAGAGGUAUGUGGUCUUCAUUUUCUCCAUUUUUUUGAUUUGGCAGAAAACAACCUAUCAGGAUCUAUACCAACAUGUUUGGGUGAUGUCCAAGGUUUCAAAUUGCCACAAACUUAUUUAACUCGUGCAACGGUGAAUAGCUCGUUAUUGUACUCGACACAUGUAGAGUUGAUGGUUAAAGGAAGAAUAACUGAAUACGAGAAUGGAAUGUUUGUGCAUUCAACAAUUGAUCUUUCUAAUAAUGAUCUUUGUGGAAAGAUACCAGAGAAGUUAACAGAGCUAAUUCACUUGGGUAUCCUAAACUUAUCUUGGAACAGGCUAACGGGAAACAUACCGAGCACCAUUGGAUCGCUAAAAGAUUUAGAAAGUCUAGAUCUUUCACGCAACCAUCUUUCGGGUCCAAUCCCUGCAAGCAUGGCUUCCAUGACAUUCUUGAGCAAUUUGAACUUGUCAUACAACAACCUGUCUGGACAAAUUCCAUUUGGCAACCAGUUCGACACAUUUAAUGAUCCAUCAAUUUAUGAAGGAAAUCCUAAACUUUGUGGGAAACCGUUGCCAACUAAUUGUUCAUCAGCGUUGCCUGGAAAUGAAGAGAAAGGAGGAAAACAUGAAGAUGGAGCUGAUGAGAAAAUUGAACGAUUGUGGUUAUAUGGAAGCAUAGCCUUUGGGUACAUCACAGGCUUCUGGUUGGUCUGUGGCAGCUUGAUGUUGAAGAGGUCGUGGAGACAUGCAUAUUUCAACUUUGCGUUUGACAUGAGAGAUAAGCUUCUGGUUUUGAUUGCUGUUAAUUUGGCACGUGUGAAACGCAAGUUCGGACUUGAAAGAAACUAAGAGCAGCAGAGAAGACGAAGGCAACAACAAUAGCCUUGUUAUCCUUAUCUUGUUCAGUUCAAUAAGGUAUACCACUCAUGCAGUUAUCAUAUU